UUUUCCUCCCUUCCCCCCUCUUUCCUCCCUACAGGUCCUAACUCUACGUCACGUCAGUCACGUAGGCAAGGGGGCGGGGAUGUCGUGGUACAGGAAGUUUACAGUAGCGGUCAUUUUACACGUUUUUCAAAAGUUCGGGGAAAGGAUGACUAAGACAGGAAAGCCAGAUAGUUCCUGGAGGGACAUCUGCUUGAAGUAUGCCCAGGACAAAUUCCACUUUUCAGCUGGCAAACGGCCAGGGGCCAAGAAAUGGAAAAAGGCCUUAGAGAGGAUUGAUGCUUGCCCCUGCAGAGCCAUGCUAAGGAUCUAUUUGGGAGAAGCCUUCAGUGUACCUGUGGGUUCCACAAGCCAGCAGAUCUGGCAUCAGAUGCUGGGUCCAGUGAGGCAGGAGGAGUUGAGACGGAAGCAGGGCGAGUCCAAGUCGACACAGAGGCAGGGAGAGGAGACAUGGAGGCAGGGAGGCAGGGGGAGUUCGAGUCAGCACGGAGGCAGGGAGAAGAGACACAGAGAUCACCAAGAAGCUGGCUGGUGGAAUAGGGGGCAGUGCUGCGUGGAUGACCAACAUCCGCAACGAGUUUGACCAGGUUCUGAACUCUGUUCUGACGACGGGUGAAGGUGCAGGGUUGGAAGGGUUGUGCCAAGGCGUCGUCACCCUUUAUAAAAAUGCGGGCCAAACUGAACCUGCGGUCAUCUGUCGAUUGGGACUUCUGCACCCAGACAGGUGUGUCUUCAGUGACCAAGCUCUUCCACCCAUGGAAGUCUGCAGUGCGCUCAGACAGUUUUCAUUUUGUGAGGCGCUUCAACUGUGGCCUCACUACAGAACACCACCCUCUAUAUGGCACCUUUUGUACCAAGCUGUCAUCCUGCGUUUUUGAAUGGGAUCAGGAGGAUGUGCAACGCCUGAAGGAGGCCAAGAGAGAGGAGUGGAAGUGCAGCCACAGUGGACAUGUUCCCACUGAGGAACAGCUUAUGGCCACCGUCAACCCAGGAGAACUAAAGAAACACUGCAGGAGGAGGACCCGUGGAGUGGAGGAGAUGCGCCGUAUGAUUUCAAGGCUGCUGGAAUCAGUGUGGGACCUCACAGACACCACAGGGCUGUGUUUGGUGAGCCAUGACAGCAUGCGCCACAUCUGGGAGAUGCAGCAGAAACAACUGGAGUGCUUCCAAGACCCCCCAUGCUGGCGGUGCAAUGCUACACAUAUGCAAAUGUACAUGCUGGAGGGGCUAUCAAGGUGGAACAUGGGCGGGGCCAAGGAGGCAGUAGCUGUGGAGGGGGCCUCGACCCUUAGAAGCUUCGAUGUCCGCCCGAUGUCCCACCUCAACAGCUUAAGCCAGCGUGUCCGUGGUUGUAAUCUAGUGGCAGAAUUCCCCCACCUGGGAAACCUACUGAUGAGCGCAUAGCGGUGGAAUAUUUAUUGGGCCAGACCAACAGAGGGGACCUGCUUGCGCCUUGGCAUGUCCCUGAAAUCCCAUCACAGGUGCUUGAGGAGGAGUGGGACGCAGAUGAUGCAGAUGUCACUGUAGACAUGUCUGAGGAGGGGGCUACUGGUCCUUAUGACCAGUCUGUGGAGGGUGACACUGAUCCCGAAGUCGUCGUCACAGAGACCAGCCCAAGUGACAUGAGAGGGGUUGUGAGAUGGGAGGCAGACCAUCACUGCCUUGUCAGCCAAAGAGGAGGCUGACAUAGUGCGCCUGUAUGCAGCUCUCCAUGCCAUGAUCAAGGCACCUUCAAGAUACACCCAGAAUUCUAGGAAAAAGUCACAUGUGUCAGCAGGACCGUAGAGAGCACCCAGGAAGCAGAGUGGCUCUGCUCCUGGACAGCAGGCGGCAGAAAGACUAUACAUGACUCAUGGCCAAGCAGCCCAGGACCCUGAAGUCAACAGGGUCAGUGAGUGUGUUUGCCUCAGGCUUGCCAAAGAGUUUGAGCAAGCACGCAACGGGCCAAAGGACACAAAGGGGAAAACCUCGCCCCAACCUCAGAUAGCUGCUGGAGGACAGUAGGGUUGUCUUGGAGCAGACAAACCUGUUUCUGGUGCCCCUGAAAAACACCACGGUCUCUUCGUGGUAUGUGUUAUUUCAUUUACCUUUCCCAAAGCUGCCCAGGAGGAUGAGGAGCUAGUGUCAAGGGGGAACCGCCAAAGAAGAGGCUAUCAAAAGAGCAGUACCACUACACCUGCAUGCAGUGUGGCCAGGACAAAAGCAAAAGAACUGGACACACCCAGGUGAAGGGGCGGUGGUACUGUCCAGCCUCAGGACUGUCCCUGGAAGACUGGAGGAACAGUUUACAGUAGGGGUGAUAUCAAAGCCUCACGAUACGAUAUCGUCACGGUAUGAACCUCACGGUACCUUAUUUAUUGCGAUAUCAUGGGAAAGCUCACGAUUAGGAACGUAACAAUAUCCAAAUCUCUUGGUGCGAUGUUUUCACUAUAUACAUCUCACGGUAGGAUAUUUAUUGUGAUAUUUUGUGGAGGUUAAACAGCUAAAACUGUUACUGUUGCUACUUUUCCUCUUUAAAAUGCCUUGACAAGAUUUAAUCCAAAGAACUAAGUCUUAAAACAACUGUUAUUUCUUUAUGUAGUCUACACUGAAUUGUUACAUCCCUAGUUUACAGUAGUUUUAUUGUUUCAGCUUCAUCUUGAUGAUGAUGAUGAUGAUUAUUAUUGUUGUUGUAAUAUUAUUGUUAUAUAUUGUGAUAUUGUUACAUUAUAUUGUUAUUAUAUUAUUCUUUAUUGUUAUAUUACAUGGUUAUUCUUUUAUUAUUGUUAUUUAAUCAUUUAUUUAAUUUUGUUUAAAGGAUUUGUUUUACAGCUCUUAAUCAUAGAUAUCUCUCUGUCUCUUCUCUCUCCUCUCUCCCUCGUUCUUCUCGUCCUGUCUGUUCAUACGUGGUUUGUCAUUUUUCUUUGCUUUCUUACUGUGUGGUACAAUGUUACAUUAAAGUUUUGAUCAUUUUAUUGGA